GGAAUGAAAACAUAUGCCAUCUUUAAAUGUUAAAAACUUGACAAUUAUACAAUAGCCAAUAGUUAAGGGAAAUAUUUAAGAAUCGUGUUCAUGUCUGAUUUACUCUAUGGUUCCUAUCUAUCGAUUACAUGAAUAAAGACAUGAUAUACAAAACAAGUGUAAAUGAAAAUAUCUUUUACUUCUUAUGUAUCUCGAACUUCUUUAAUUUAAGCUGGUACGUAAUGUGCAUACGAUACAACCCAUUAUUUACACACAAUGAUAAGAACUAAUCUAAGUUUAUGACUCCAUUUGUUAAUACAUAAAGCGCUACUCUAAGUUAUGAAAAUGAGGAAAGCAAUACUUUGGAAAAUUUCCUUUGUAAUAUUUCUAUGGAUUUUAGUGUACCAUUAUUCAAGAAAUCAGCAAAGAGAGCACAGCAAUGUCACGUCCGUAUCAAAUAUUAUACAAAAAGUCCAAAAUCAACUUGAAAAAAAAGUGAAAAUGCAGAAGAAAAUACUUAGCAGGAGUCGGAAAGUCAUAAGAUACAAUGGACGACGUAUCUCAACGGAGUUUGAACUCUUUUAUCUGAAUGUAUCAACCGAUAAACUGAUGGAACCUCUCAUUCACAAACACCGAUAUAUUUCGUUACUUAAUACUAGUAUGGAGUGUAAACAAAAAAAUGUAUUCUUACUAGUUCUUAUUCAUUCAGCUACAUACAAAUUCGACGAACGCCAGGUUAUACGGAAUACAUUUGGAUCUAUUUCAAAAUUUGACAAUAAACAUAUUGACUAUGUCUUUGUGCUUGGACAAACUAUGAAUGAUACUCAACAGAAGGAAAUUGAACAGGAAGGUGUCAAAUACAGAGACAUAAUACAAGGAAAUUUUAUAGACAGCUACAGAAAUUUAACAUAUAAACGAGUAUUUAGUUUGUUCUGGGUGAAUAAAUUCUGCAACAAUGUGACUUAUGUCACAAAAAUUGACGAUGAUAUCACCAUUAACAUUCCAUUUCUAAUUCCUUAUCUAAGCAAUAAACUGAACAAAACUAAGGUGUUAGAAUGUUUGUAUCUUAUAGGUAUUAAACCAUACCGUAAACCUCGUAAUAAAUGGUAUACGACUCCGUCUGAAUAUCCUUUUGCAACGUUUCCUCCGUAUUGUGCUGGACCUUCCUCUAUUAUGUCAGCUGACGUGAUAAGAAAAAUGUAUGAAGCGACCACCCUUGUGCCUUUUUUCUGGCUAGAAGAUGUCUAUGGUGGUGGAUUUUUACCCUGGAUUUCACGUAUAAAUAUAGUUCAUCCAAAAUGUUAUAUAAAAGAAUUGCAAGCAAGCUUGAAAAACACGCCAUGCCAUCUAUUUUACAUCAAUGAUAUUAAGAAUGCAAGUCAUCCAUAUAUUAUGUGGAAAACUAUAGAAAACUACACACAAAAUCUUUUGUGUAAAUGCAACUAAGAAAUUAUUUGAUCACCGGUUAGAUUCAUCUAUAAAAUUGGUAUUUAUUUUUGAAUUUUUUAAAAUUAACAGAUAAAACAAUUUAAAUCAUAUUUUAUCCGAAUCAAUAGUUGACAAAGGAACAUACAUUUCACAGAGUGAACCAGACAGUGUUCAAGUUUAAUUAUUUCAAACUGUAAUUUUAUCAAUCUAAUUUGAAGCCUGGCUUUUUGUCAAUAAAGCACCAAAUAAAACAAACCUGGGAAAGUAUAAGGAACCUUCGGCUUUUGCAAUACUCUUUGUGCGUUUAGGUUUAUUAGCACUUCAUUUUUUAAGUUUUGAAUUUUUAAACAUUGUGGCCUCGAGCAUCACUGAAGAGACAUAUAUUAUCGAAAUGCACGUCUGGUGCAUUGGUACCGUUAAUGUUAUUUGACAAAUGAGAAUUAUCAACAUAAAUGUAAAUAUUUUUUUACAAUUAAUAAAUCGUUUAGAGGCUUGGAGUCAGAAAAUUAUAUCCAGGGCAAUCUAUUAUGUCUUGUUGUAUGGUGUAAACGCCGAGGUUAUAUUAUGAGAAUAAGCAAUAUUUGAAAUUUUAAAAUCUUGAAAACUGGGCUUUUAUAUUUAAGGGCGCAUGAUAUAUUUACAGGGUAGUUAAUUACGUCGUAAACGUACAUUGUUACUUUUUUGCGACGUCAAACUGUGACAUAUAGCGGGGGAAAUAAGUUUUCGACUGAUUUUAAUCAUUAGCUUGAAAAAAGAUUUCAUGAAGCCCUGUUUUUUUUUAAACGACGUUUGGUCUGAUUAUGUAUGUAUGUACCAAUUUUUAUGAACAAAUAACCGAUGAUUUUGUUUUUAUAAAUUAAACAAAUAUACAGCAAAAAAAUUUGUUUUCUCUAAAACUAUGAAAAUUGAAAAAAAGAAUUACUUCCAAAGACUU